UGUCUGCAGAUGUUGCUCGUCUGGAUGUUGGAGGUGCACAGACAUGUUUCGAAAGGUCUGCAGGAGUAAAUAAGGGGGCGUUAUUGAGAGACAGAUGACAAGGGGUCCGCGGGAGAAAGGGAGGAGCGACAGGAAAAGACUAAAAGGAGGAAACGAAGAAGAGAGAGUAGACAGCUGCUGACCAUGGCUUUGGCUUGUCUGGGUCUAGGCUGCGCCCCUGUGCGAUCCAAAGCGGUGUCAAACCUGGAUAUAGAGAGCAAGCUGUUGCUUCACUACCAGGCUCCAUGGCACCAGCAACACAACGUGUUUCAUCCUUGUACCCGACCACCAUGCCUGGAGGAGCUGCACAGGAGCGCUCAGCUCAAUCUCAGAGCCCUGCACAGAGACGAACAACAGCACCACCGGUCCACGAGUCGGGACAGAAACAGGGUGACCAUCUCUAUCUCAGUGGCGCCCCCUAUGCCCACCUUCCCCUCACCACACAGCAUCCGCCGACAACAGAGGAGCCGCCUGGCCCGAGCGCAAGAGAGAGCAGAGAGGGAGCGCGAGUUAGACUAUCAACCCAGGAAGGAGAGGACAGUGAGAGAAACAGAGAUCCAGACCAUACAGAGAAAAGAGAGGCCCGGGAGGGAAGCAGAUGUUCAGACGAUCCAAAGAAAGUUUGAGUGCUUUUACUCACUUCCCCCUAUUGAAGGUUGCAUCUUCAUUCCAUGGAAUAGAAAGGCAACUUCGCCAGAGCAAGGUGAAGGUGGUGAGGUCCUGGUAGGCCACAGACCCAAGGCCUCAGCCCCCAACGCCCCUUCGACCCAGGAUAAACAGACAAACUGGUCCAAGCAAAACCUCCCACCAUCAGAUCAGAAGUCAACUGCCGAUUCGCACUCCGUCUCCUCCUGCAUCAUCCCCAUCAAUGUCACAGGAGUUGGGUUUGACAGGGAAGCAAGUGCUCGUUGCUCUCUAGUCCAUUCCCAGUCGGUUCUUCAGAGGAGAAGGAAGCUGAGGAGGAGGAAGACUAUCACAGGAAUACCCAAAAGAGUACAACAGGACAUGGAUUCAGAUGAAUCACCCGUAGCAAGAGAGCGCACUGUGAUUGUCCACGCCAACUCGCACCAACUCUCUCUCUGUCAGGAAGACCUCUUAAUCAGUGGUCACCUCCAUCACACUCGUGACUCUGGCUGCCAGACAGAUGAUUUCCUUAUACCAUGUACAGCCGCUCCCUCCAGAAGGCGCAUCAGAGCCCAACGUGGCCAUCAGGGAAUCCCUGCCUCUCUCUCCCAUUCAACAGGCAACAUUUCUUCCUUGGGUGACCAGUCAGAUUCCACAUACACCAGUGCUGCAAGCCAUGGCGGACGGUUGCGUUCUCGUAGCCUUCCUCGAGAAGGUGGACGUCUGAUGGACAGUGAUGAGGAUGAUGAUGACAAUUAUGAUGAUGACGAUGAAGACGAGGAUUUGUCACCAUAUGAAGCAGAGGACUUCAUUCCACCUGGCCCUAGUCCAAGAAUGAAGAUGAUGAUGAUGAAGGAUGAAGAAGAGAGCACAGAUGACCAGGCAGCGCCUGAGCCACUGCAACUUGGAAGCCUCAAAAGGUUGCAGCGAUCUGGGGAUAGAGACAGAGGAGGUGGUGGAGGAGGGAACCCAGAGCACAGCUGGAUGGAGAGGGGCCGUUCUCGCUUGCCCCGCAAGACUGAUAUGGGCAGCUGUGAGAUCUCAUCGAGUUCAGAUACUUUUAGCAGCCCUAUUCACUCUGUUUCUACAACAGGAGUCCUAGGCAGCCAUGUGGACCACAAGGAGGACCAUCAGUCGUCAAGUGGGAACUGGAGUGGUUCCAGCUCCACGUGCCCCUCUCAGACAUCUGAAACCAUCCCCCCGCCUUCUUCUCCACCACUGACAGGCUCAUCCCACUGCGACUCAGAGCUGUCACUCAACACUGUGCCCAAUGCCAUUGAUGAGGGAUUCUCUCUGGAUCCCUCAUACCACUCAGACCUUAGACCUCAGGGCCAGGGCCACAGGUCAAGCUCGUUCACAUCCUCAGCAACAGACCAGCUGGACGAUGCAGGGGUCAGUACAGCCAGUGAGGGGGAGUGGACAUACCCUCCAGAUCAAGACCAGACUGAUCCGGAUCAUGACCCUGACCAAACCCAAAAUCUAAACCAGAGCCAUGGCUUAGCGCAGGAGUACAGCUCCAAACAAGGUCUACAAGACCAACCCUGUUUCGGUGACAAGACCAGCAACACUGAAAAAGAGUCUGGCUCUUAUUACCAAUCUGAUACAGAUGGUUUCUACUCCUCUAAUCUGCAUUUUGGAGAGUGUAAUCAGAGUUACAGAGGAUACAUGUAUAACUAUGCAGACCCAAGGCAUGACUAUGGCCAAUCCAACACUGUGGCAGCACCACUAUCACAUGGAGUUUACUCCCAGCCCUCAGCUGACUUUAGAGCAGGUACUAUGACCCUGGGAAGGACCUGUCGUCCGCUAAGGAAACCAAAAGUCAAACCUCCACCACCCAAACGGACCUCCUCACUGAAAAACACCUGUAGCGGAGUUGAUGUUGGAACAGACACACAGGCAGAUCAGGAUUCACCAAAGAUGGUUAGUGAACAAGAGCUUACCUUGUCUUCCACGGAUAUGAAGCUGGAACUGGAGCUAGAGCUUGGAGGUGCUCCAGAACCAUUACAGACAUCCUGUCUAGUGGCAGAGCCUUUGGGAACUUGGGGAAGGGGACUGGGUGAAAGCGUGGACAUAGUAGAGCCCAUGUCCUUCAGCUCUGCAGAUACACACUCAUUUAAGGAUGAAGGUGCUGUGCAAUCUGACUAUGCAGACCUGUGGCUUCACAACACUGAGCUUAAAUCCACCAAUGGUGAGUACAUGUCCAUGUCCAACUCAAGCACAGCUACAGGCACUACCGUCAUGGAGUGUAUCAAGUCACCAGACAGCUCUUCCUCCUCCUCCGAAACGCAAACCCAGGCACUUGUCCAGGCUUCAGAGACCAGGGCAACUAGUCCACCUCUCCCACCUGGAGACUUCAAACUUGGGUCACCUGAAAAGCUGGCUGGCCUGGCUUCCCCAUCAAGUGGCUAUUCCAGCCAAUCAGAGACUCCAACAUCAACCUUGCCCUCAUCUUCGGCAGCAUUCUUCCCAGGACCACUGUCUCCCUCAACUGGCAAGAGAAAGCCUAAAGUGCCCGAGAGGAAGUCUUCUCUCUCUUCCUUGCAGCACUUCCCUAGAGAUGGAGCUUCCAUUUCCUCUGGCUAUAAAAGAGACCCAGACUUCCCACCUCCACCUUCUCAACUUGAUCUCAAUGUUCUUCAUGGUGGUUAUGUCAGACACACGCUAUCCCACCGAACACACCACAUGCACACGCUCCACCACAGCAAACACAGAGUUGCAAACGUUUUAGCCACUGGAACAAAGUUGUUGGCCCCUGAGGCAUCAAAUGCCAACCCACCUCCAAGCUCAAACUCUGCUCUAAUAAUUCCCAGCUCCAAUCUAUUGGUGAUAACUCCAUCUGCUCUUCGUUCAGUGCAGCUCCAUCCUAUUAACCAAUCUAGAGACCGUGCUACCACUGCAGACCAGGAAACAGCAAAUUGUGGAGAGACCGCUACAAGACCUAAAUGUCCUCCUAGUGGUUCUACUCUGGCUCCACCACCUAUUAACACAAGGCCUCUCCCUCCUCGCAGACCACCUCCAAGACCCCCAGCUCAUGACCACACCUCCUCCCCUGAACACUUGCAACCACCUCCUCCUGGCCGCCAUCCUGAUGGGCCUCCUUCUUAUGAAAGCUUGCUCCUCAGACAGGAUCGCUAUGGACUUGGAACUUUCUGGGCAAUGACGGCUUUCAGGACCCGGGUGGACCCAUCGUCAGAACUCUUAGAGGACAGCUCACCUCUGCAUCGGCCUGUGCCACGUGCCCCCCACCCUUCGCCUGUGGAUCUACACACACAUAUCCACUCGCACACAGAGUUCAGAGGGCUCACACAUUCUGCUCAUGCACACCCUGAGUUUAGGGUUUUGGGGGAGCGCUCGUUCUCCCAGGAAGAUGAUGAUGAUGAAGAUGAUGAGGAGGAAGAGGAAGAGCAGGUGAAAGAGCCACAGAGGGCUGCAUGUUCCAGAGGAGGCAUGCGAUUGGACCACCCUCCUCCCCCAGCAUAUGAAUUUGCUGGGGUAUCCCAUUCAGACUCAGGGCCCUGGGCUAGUCCAGUCAAAGUGCCUGGUACCACAAUGGAGACAUCGCAUCCUUACCUAAUCAGCGAUGCAAGGAGAAGAUAUGAAGAGCAGGAAGAAGAGGAGGAAGGGACAUCAGGUGCUACCAGAAGUGCCCAUCAGCAGCAGCCACAGGAGAGCAAAGAUGACUCCACCACUCCCGACACUGAAGAUUACUUUAGUAAAGGGAUGUUUUGUGCUGCAGAUUCCACGCCCAGUGACAAUUCGCUCUCCCCUCUGAUGGAUGACACCAAAGUGGAUGAUGACAUUAUUAUCACAUCACCCAACAAGACCCGUACAACUGAGGACCUGUUUGCCAUGAUACACAGAUCCAAGAGAAAGGUCCUGGGCCGUAAAGAUUCAGGAGACUUAAAUGCAAAGUCUCGUCUCUGCCCUGCAGCACCAGUGACCCCUGUCUCCACUGUCAUUAUCCCACCAGCCCCUCCUCUCGUCAUCCCAGCCACCUUAGCCACUGCUGCCGGUUCACAACGAGCCCCUGUGCCAAUCUACCGCAGCGCCAAGAAAUCCAGUACAUCCAACGAGGAGUUUAAACUCCUGUUGCUGAAGAAAGGUAGCAGGUCGGAUUCAAGCUACCGCAUGUCCGCUACAGAGAUUCUGAAGAGCCCUAUCACCCCUAAAACCCCAGGGGACCCCCUUCAGGAAGGGGCAAUUAGACAGGCGGAGGAGCUAUCCUCUACACUCCAAGAACCCCACAUUUCUGGCCUGGACCCAAUCCAGAUACCAGGCCUUUUCCCCAGAGCCAACUCUGAGAGUUUCACCCCCAAAACCAUGCCUAUGUCAGCUGCAUCUCGACAGGGACGUUCUCGGAUCCCCCCUGUAGCCAACAGCAGUCGCUACAGCACACGCAGCCGCCUCUACACGGCCCCCAUGCAGGCCAUUUCUGAAGGGGAGACAGAGAACUCAGAUGGGAGCCCCCAUGAUGAUAGAUCAUCCUAAACCAACCUGAUGAGCGAUUUCUAUUAUGUGUCAUACAUUUGAAAUUGGCUCUUCUACUUUUCUAAUGUUGGAUAGGUGUGUCAUCAAGGCCAAUAGUGUAGUUAUUGUGGCAUACAAAAUCUGACCGUUUUGCAACCAGUUUUGGAUCUACUAUUCUAUUUAAGGGUGUCAGACAGUGUUGAGAGAUACAGAAUGAUAAAGGGAUUAUGAAAACUUUGACGAUAUAUGUACUUAAAUAAUCAAAAGAAUAGCUCACUCGUAUUUAAAAGAGGCAGACUUAAGACCUAUUUUGAUCAUUGUCUUUUCUUUUUUAAUUAAAAAUAAAAAAGGCCCAAAUGUUUGGUAAAUUAUGAUAAGAAAACAUUUUGUGGAGUAUAGCGUGUGCAUGAACGAGUCAUGCAACAUCCAAUGAUAUUUCUACUUAUUGUGUUUGAAUGGUGUGUGUGUGUGUGUGUGUGUGUGUGUGUGUGUGUGUGUGUGUGUGUGUGUGUCUCGCUGAGGAAUUGCUUUCUUAUUAAAACUAAAAAUUCUUAUGAAAUUUAAUAUUCUUUCAACUUUUGGUGCCCAAAGCCUUGGCCAGACUUCCCAGAGUCCAUCCUCAAUAUUCCUGCCAACAUGCAAGGCUUGUUUCCUUGCGGAAAUUACUAACAACACAGCACCAACUUAUCUAAUAUAUUUCCAUUUGCAGACCUGACAUAGAGAGUAGUACACACAGAGCCAAUCAUAUAUUUCUUCAUUAAUUAUAUCCAAAAAGAUAACAUGAUGCAUGUAUUUUUGUAAAAAUGCGCCUCAGAACAUGAUGAAGUUUCACCAUGUUGCAUGACCCUAUAUGGAAACAUCCCCUGGAUCCUGGUUUCUGUCGACAUGUUUGUGGUUCCUUUGUAUUAUAAGAAUAUUUAAUCUUUCACUGUGAAAGGUUUUAGUGACAUUUGUAUUACAUUACCAGUGAUCUAAAUUGAUUUAUCUCAGAUUUGAGUGUCUAACAAGAAGGAGCAAGGGCUUGCGCCUAGAUGGGGCCCAUUUGGUAAAGAUACAGGCUAAUUUUGGACAAUCGCACAGUGGCCUUUCUCUAGAGGUGGUUAUUAGCAAGACAUUUUUAAGUCCCUGCACAUAUACAUGGACCUGCACCAUGUUCACAAGAAUUCAAUCACAUACUUACUUAAACCCAACUUUGAAAUCUAGUAUGUUUAGACUGAGUAAAGCUUUUCCAGUGGCUGGUCAGUCUUGCUGUGCUGAUUUGAAGUGUAAAAGGUGCAUUUCAAAGCAGUUUUAAAGAUACCAUUAAGUGCAGACGGUAAAAAUGCUUUAGAAGGUCCUAAAUCGGUUUGACUAGAGGUGGAUUUGGAAAGCUUUCCAAGAACCAACCUCACUUUUGCACUUCAUGAUUCUUCAAGAAUAUUCCUUGAAAAGAAAAUAUAUCUUAUAAUGAAAUUCCAUAUGUAUAUUUGUACUGAAUUUUAAAAAGACAUAUCUAUAUAAAACAAGCAGACAUUUUAUAGGGAAUAAACCUGAGUGUAGCAUAGAAGAACAGGUCUCACUGACAACAUCACACAUCAAGUUGAACAGUGUACACUGUUCUCCUCUCCUUGUUGCCUCUCCUUCAUUUGCACUGACUCAGUAGCAUUAGACAGGUGAAAGCUCAACCCAGUGGCUGGUGUACACAAUACUGUCUUACCCUCCAAUCUUCAUAUCACAAAAUCUGAAAGAAAGGAGACAAAAGGAACAAAGGACUACAUACUGUACAACCAAUCUCAAAAGCAAUGCAUCCACUGCAUUGCUGCAGCCUUUUCUAACCAACGAUGGGUUUGGAGUAAAAAAAAAAAAUCUUUCUCAACCUUCCAAUAAAUGUUACACAUGUAGAGCAUCCAGUGUGUUACAAAAGCGGAAAUCAGUGGAAAGUUUGUCUCUCACCUGCCUCUCACAGCAAACACAACACUUACUUACAUUCAGAGACCUUACUUCAAUAGAAACCAUUCACUGUAUUCUGUGAAUACCUCGGCAAGCAUAUUACUGUUUUAUUGUAAAUGCUACAAAUAAAUAAAUAGAUAGAUAGAUAAAUAGAUAGAUAGAUAGAUAGAUAGAUAGAUAGAUAGAUAGAUAGAUACUCAGCAAAUCUGAAUUGCAGAACUGACACUGUGUAAGAUGGAGAGGAUAAAAAGCUGUGAAAUGAUUACUAGAGAUUUACAUUCAUCAUACCCGUAUUGCUGAAGCGCACUUGUUCCUGUUCAUCGUUUUAUUUGUUGUGUUUUCUAUCGCAUGCAAUAAGUAAAGAAAAAAAGAAGAAGAAAAGGACACAACCAUAUCAUUAUUUUUAUCUGAGGGAUGUCUCCUUACCACAAGAAAAGAUUUUGUAUUUUCCGUUCAAAUGUUCAAGUUUCAAUAAUGUGUUCUAUAGAUGUACAAACUGUCUGGCUAAUUCUGUUCUGUAUAGUCAUGAUCACAAACAGGGGUUUAUCUUGUACUGUAUAUCUACUCACUGGACAAUCAUACGUAUAAGAGACUUUAAAGAAAAUGAUAUAGAAUGUGUCUGGAUGGAGAAUCUGAACGCUGAUGGUACUGGGUCCUAGUCUCGCUGGAGCUGCGGAAGUUGGGAGGGAGAGAAAUAUUUCCCAGGAGAAAGUGCAUAUCUGGACAAGCCGCUUUGGAUAAAAAUGUACUAAUAAAAAUAAUAAAAAUGGAAGAACCAUUUAUAAACCCCAAAACUAAUUUAAUUUGAUCAAAAAAUAUAUCUUUACUUUUGACUCAUAGCUGAUUUUUCGAUUCCAACAAAACAUUGAUACUGAUGAUUAAAAUACAGAAAUCAGUAGGCUUGAUACAGUAUUACAUUAACAACGCAAUGCUAAUUAGAAGUUUAAAGAGAAGAAUACUCAAAAGCAUUUGACAAUUGACAUUUGGCAUUUGAUUUGUUAAAUGUGAUUUUUUUUUUUACCUGUACCCGGCACCAAUGCUAUAGAGGUAUUUUAAGCCGGUUUACUUUAUUUGUAAAAGCAGUGUAUAGAUGAUUGACUGACACAAUUUGAUUAGAAAGACAAACUGUGAGGUUGCCAUGCAGACUCUUGUUCAUUUAGCCGUCUCAAACCUCAGUCCUCAGUAGCCUGGGAACAAAACUAUAACUUUUAUAGAUUCUUGGUCCCAACUUGUUUUCAAAUGUCUGCACGCAUUUUUGCCCUAACGGGAAGUGUGACAACAACCACUAGAUGUUUUUUCUCUUAAAAAAAAAAAAAAAGGUGUACAGUAUGGAAUAACACUAAACAGAAAUAGAAAUAUUUGACGGAGAACUGAAAAAAUACAACAUUGAAGACACAGUGUAACUAUCUAUUUAAAAUAGGCUUCAUGUUUAAAACUAGCUAGGACUUAACAGAUUUAAAAUCACUUUUGUAUUUUUGUAUAAACCUGUACAUAAGUUUUUAAAGAAAAAAUGUUUCAAAUUCUUUCUUUUGUAAAAUAAAUCAAUAAAAUAAAAAUAAAAACGUUUUUUUUUUCUAAGUUUACAUGAUUAUUUCCGAGCCUUUGUAUAUUUUGAAGCUGUGCAACACCUUCAGUCUUGUAUUUAUUUUUCCGGGAGGGGGGGUUACAACAUUGUGAAAAUUCCAUUAUUCUAUAUCUAAUUCAUUUUACCAGCUCAUCAGGCUGCUUAGUAACUGUGCAUAGAAAAAAAGCCAAUAAAUGUGAUUGCGUUAAAACGGAA